CAAACAGCCACCUUUGCAAGGGGCAAGGACUCUCCCUCUCCACCAGCUUCUAAGGAAGAGGCAGGAACCGAGCAGGACCAUCGGAGAUCCACUUGGACACUUGAAGCCAAGGUUUUGGUCUCCACAGUUGCGGUCUCUGACCACACACAUCACAAUCUUACCAGUCUUCAGAGCACACUCCUUUCCAACCGACGACAUGAUAGAACCCUCUGAAGACUCAUUUGAGACGAUGAUGGAGCUUAAGAAUCCAUCAUCAAAACAAAUGGAGUCCUCCGAGGGCUCAUCCAACACCGUUGAAGAGACACCAGGCAGCAGUGGAGCCCAGGCGGGGGCCCAGGCAGGGGCCCAGGCGGAGGCCCAGGCGGAGACCCAGGUGGAGGCCCAGGCGGAGGCUCAGGCUGAAGCCCAGGUUGAGGCCCAGGUUGAGGCCCAGGCGGGCUCAGAUAGUGGCCCAGCCCAGGAAGAAAAGGAGCCACCCAGUGGCCCCCUCAAGGAAAUGCAAGAGCUGCCCACUAAUCUACUCCAAGAAGUGGAGGAGCCAUCCAGUGGCCCCCACCAGGAAAUGCAAGAGCUGCCCACUGAUCUACUCCAAGAAGUGGAGGAGCCAUCCAGUGGCCCCCACCAGGAAAUGCAAGAGCUACCCACUGAUCUACUCCGGGAAGUGGAGGAGCCAUCCAGUGGCCCCUACCAGGAAAUGCAAGAGCUACCCACUGAUCUACUCCGGGAAGUGGAGGAGCCAUCCAGUGGCCCCUACCAGGAAAUGCAAGAGCUACCCACUGAUCUACUCCGGGAAGUGGAGGAGCCAUCCAGUGGCCCCUACCAGGAAAUGCAAGAGCUACCCACUGAUCUACUCCGGGAAGUGGAGGAGCCAUCCAGUGGCCCCUACCAGGAAAUGCAAGAGCUACCCACUGAUCUACUCCGGGAAGUGGAGGAGCCAUCCAGCGACCCCUGUGAGGCAUCAUCUAACGAUCUACCCCAAGACAUGGAGGAAUCAAGUGAUGAUGGUUCGAACCAGGAGUCGAGUGAUGGUUCAAACCACGAAUUAAGUAAUGGUUCAAACCAUGAGUCGAGCUUUGGUUCAAACCCAGAGUCGAGCGAUGUUUCCAACCUGGAGUCAAGCGGUGGUUCAAACCAGGAGUCCAGCGAUGGUUCACAAAAGGAGUCAAGCUAUGAUUCAAACCCGGAGUUAAGUGAUAAUUCAAACCAGGAGUUAAGCGAUAAUUCGAACCAGGAGUCAAGCGACAGUUCAAACCAGUCAAGUGAUAUUUCAAACCAGGAAGGGUCGGAACCACUCAGUGAGGCAUCCGAUUAUAGCAUGGAUGAAACAAUCAACUCAUCCGAGACCCAGUCAGACCAAGAUGAUACUGACCUGGGAGAUGACGAGGAAGAGGAGGAAGAGGAAGGUGGUGAAGAGGAAGGUCAGCCCAAGAACUCUCCAGAAGAAGUCGUGGCCACCAUGGGGAACGUCAUCUCGCUGUUCCUCCGGAUGCAAGACCUAAAAGAACAACAGAGAGUGGCAGAAAGGCUCAUGAUGCAGGCUAUCAACGAAGGUCGCCUGCCCUCCCUCAGGCCCUUCUCUGGAGAUCGCAGAGACUACCAUGAGUUUGUCGUGCUCUGCCAGAUGACAAUGCAGAACUACCCAAGUAUGCUAUACAAUGAUGAGCUGCGGGUGAAAUUCGUCAUCCGCCACCUGACUGACCUAGCCUUGGAAUGGGCCAACGACCUCGUAGAGCAGAACAGCCCAGUGAUAAACAACUUCUCAGCCUUCCUGGAGGCCAUGUCAGAAAAGUUUGAGUAUCGGCAGACCCUGCGUGUGGCGGAAGACGCCAUGUUCAACAUCAGGCAGGGGAACCGCUGUGCGGCCGAUUACAUCAAUGAGUUCCGGGGUCUGAUACCCACCUUAGGCUGGCCAGAUGAAGUCCUGCAGGCCCACCUGUGCCAGGGGCUCAACGAAGAGAUCAGGCACUAUCUGUUCCGGAUCCCUCAGCCGAAUUCCCUAGACAACCUGAUUGUACUUGUCCUGCAACUUGAAGAAAAGCUGGCAGAGAGAAGAGCAUUACUCAGGCUGCCACCUGAGUCGCGCCCAAGAAGCGUAGCCUGGAUGGAUGCUCCCGCCCCAGAGAAGUGGAGGGUAAGCAGCUGGCUGCCCAAUGAGUUCCACCCAGACAUUGAUCGCGAUCACCUCUUCUUACUGCUCUUGGUGAGAGUGGACCCCUACCACAGUGUCGCAGUGCGGGCCCUGGUGGACUCAGGAGCAGAAGGGAACUACAUGGAUGAGAGGUUUGCCCAGGAACACUAUGUGGAACUCUAUGAGAAGCCUUAUCCACAGAUAAUCCAAGGUGUGGAUGGCAUCCCAAUUGGCAAUGAACCCGUCUGGCUGUGCACCGAGCCCCUGGUAUGUGUCCACCAGAAGCAUUAUGAGUACAUCGAAUUUGACAUCUUACCUUCGCCCAACUUCUCCAUCGUCUUAGGCAUGAAGUGGCUCCGAACCCAUGCCCCUGAAGUCGACUGGAUGAGAGGCCGGUGUACCUUCCACUCUCCCUACUGUCUGCGGAAUUGCUUCACCCCACCUCCACCAUGCAUCGCACUAGAGACAUACAGCAUAAGCCUACUGCCCGGAUUGCCACACACAUACUCAGACCUGGCCGACGUGUUUAACCCGAGGGAGGCAGAUGAUGAGACUUCCGACCAGCCAAGCUCAGACGGAUCCGAUGAUCUUUCUGAAUCAGAGCCCUCUGAGCUUCAGCAGGCUGGAGACAGUGAUCAAAGCGGCGUCUUUUACGAGUCUGGGGCCCGAGAGACUUUGGAACCUGUGAGCGCCAGGAUGCAAGAGAAAGCCAGGCAGCAAGAGAAAGCCAGGGAGCAAGAGGAAUACUGGAUACUGUAUGACAUGCUGACUGACAGACAAGACUACACGCAGAUGGUACCAGAGCUAUUCGACCAGCUACAUGGAGCGGCAUGGUUCACAAAACUGGAGCUGCUUGGGAUUAAGGAAAGUGAGAUGAGGCACACGGUCACACACACGGAAGACACUUGGAGAGCAUCGUUCGGUUUCGGCCUUCACCAGAUGAGAUGCUACCGGCCCUUCACAAUGAACUCAUACUCUGACGAAGGGAACAACAUUGUUCACUUCAUCCUAAAAGACAUCCUAGGGUUGUUUGUGAUUUGCCAUGGCAGAGAGGUCCUGGUCUACUCAAUGAGCCAGGAGGAACACUCCCAGCAUGUCCGCCAAGUCCUGGUCCGCUUUCGGUAUCACAACAUCUACUGUUCACUGGACAAAACUCAGUUCCAUCGCCAGACCGCUGAAAUCUUGGGCUUCAACAUAUCCCCCAAAGGGGUGAAACUGAACAAGAACCUUAUGAACCUCAUCGUGGGGUGCCCUGUCCCUGGCAGCAGGAGGUGUCUUCAAAGUGUGAUUGACCUUGUCUAUCCCUAUCGCCACUUCGUGGAGAACUUCGCUGUCAUCGCAGCACCCCUAGUGAGACAACUGCUGAGUUCAGAGCCCUACUACUGGGGAGAAGAGGAGCAGGAGGCCUUGGAAUCCCUGAAGAGGGCUUUCCGCAAGUCGCCCGUUCUCUAUCACCCUAAGCCUCAGAACCCAUUCUACUUGGAAACAGACAUCACUGGGUCAUUCCUGUCUGCCUCCCUGGUCCAAACCGACGACGAAACUGGCAAGAAAUCUACCUGUGCUUUCUAUUCAAGACCCCUCUCUACAAUGGAGGUGGAGUACCCUCGAGUGGAGAUGAGGAUCCUUCCAAUCCGGGCUGCCUUCAUGGUGUGGUGCCGCUACCUGGAGAACACCGAGGAGCCCAUCAUGAUCCUUCUCAACACAGAGGAUCUAGCCUCUCUGAAUAAUGACAGGCUCACCGUACUUCUCCCCGGGCAUUGGGUCUUCUUCUUCUCACACUUCAAUUUUGGUGUUAUGGAGAUGCCAGCUGAAGGUGACACACAAGCACUCUUCCGCAGAUGUUGGAACCAGAGAGGCUUCAGAGCAAGGUUUCUGCGCCCACUGCUGCUUAUGUCCAUUAGGGCAAAUCUAAGGUACUUUGACAGAUCCUCUGAGACUGAGGAUAAAGAGGAUGAUGAAGAAGAGGAGGAGGAAGAUGGUGAAGAAGAAGAAGGGGAGGAGGAGGAAGAUGGUGAAGAAGAAGAAGGGGAGGAGGAGGAAGAUGGUGAAGAAGAAGAGGAGGAGGAGGAAGAUGAUGAAGAAGAAGAAGGGGAGGAGGAGGAAGAUGGUGAAGAAGAAGAAGGGGAGGAGGAGGAAGAUGGUGAAGAAGAAGAAGGGGAGGAGGAGGAAGAUGGUGAAGAAGAAGAAGGGGAGGAGGAGGGAGAGGAGGAGGAAGAAGGAGAGGAGGAAGAGGAGGAAGAAGAGGAUGAGGAGGAAGAGGAGGAGGAAGAGGAAGAGGAGGAAGAAGAGGAGGAAGAAGAGGAGGAGGAGGAAGAGGAGGAAGAAGAGGAGGAGGAAGAUGAGGAAGAAGAGGAUGAGGAGGAAGAAGAUGAGGAGGUGCCCAGCAUGGUGCGGGAGCUACUGGCUGCCAUCCCGAUGGACCAUAUCCUCAAUGGCUUACUGGCUCACUUCAGUGUGGCCCAGAUCCGGGCCGUUGUCCUAAACUUCUUCCGUGGCCUGCUCUACUGGAAGAGUCUCCUGGGUGUGGCAGCUGUCCUGGUGAUGUUGAGAGCAAGGCAGCCCCUCUCCCCAGUGCCUGCCCCUAAUUUGGAAGUGGCCAGGCCUCAGCACCGGCACACACUCCGACUCAUCCUGGACUCGACCCUCAUUGCGAGUAGUGGCAUGGCCACAGCCAUCGCUCAGUUGCUCAGCCAGAUGCCCCCUCUAGUGGGUGCCAACACCCUCCCAGCUCGAGAGCUGGCUGAGCUUUUCCUGGGCCCAAGGUGCUGGCAUCGGAAUGCUCUGCAUUCCCAGCCUCCACGGGGGAUGCGCUUCACCCCUGGGUUCUGGUUGACCCUGUGUGAGUUCUUUGGGGUCAGAGUCAACCCUGAGGAUGACGUCUUUCCUGACCCUUACCAGCACCGGUACUUGGAACUGCACGUCGUUGGGGAUGAAGAUGUCGUCUUGCGAGAAGCCCUGCAAGACGACCUGCAACGUUACCGUCAGUGUGGCCUGCAUGACGGCCUGCAAGACACCUCGCAGGACGCGCAGGACAACGACGUGCAAGAGGACCUGUUUGGCGACCAGGAAGCGGUCACCUUCAGACCACGAAAUCUUUUGGACCCAGAGGUCCUAGAUUUCCUCAACAACCGGCUACUCUACACCCUGGGCACCGAUGGCCGCCUUACUCUGCUUAGCAGAGAUCAGGUGGCCCAGGCCCUCACACGAUUCCUGGCCAUGGCCUCCAGAAUGGCGCUGCCUUCCCCAGCCAGGGAACAGGCAAGGCUAGAAGAGCUAUCAGACUCAGAUGAUGAACUUGACUGAAAACACACCAAGUCACUGUCAUUUUCCCUUGUGCCUCGGCCAGCUUCGCUCAGAUCCAGCACACCCUCUUGCUACUCCUAACCCAAGGGGAACCCACUUGUGAAGGGCCACAACUUCAUCAACCAGCAACAUCAUCUGUGCUAAAGAACUAGCCAACUAUCAGCGUCCCAGAACCAGCCAAGACUGUGUAACCCUAACUGUCCUAACUGUCCGGGCCCCAGGCCCACAAAAGGGAGUGAGACCAAUGAGGAGAGAGCAGUGAUGAGCAACAGUGACCCCGUCACCCCAGGCCAGAUGCAGAGCAGAUACAGCAGGUGCAGCCAAGCAAGCAGAUGCCAGUGACCCCACCACCACCCCCUGAGUGGCAGGCGGCCACCUGUGCAUCCUGGGACACUGACCUUGGGUGCUCCACGGACUUCUACCUCUACACCGGUGCUCCGACUCCCCUGGACACGCCCCUACUCCCUCCCAGUCUCCCAAGGUGCUGUGGUUCCAUGCUUUCCACAACCCCAGCCCACCCUGCAAGCAAGUCCACCCCCCCCCCCACAACCCACCCACCCACUACCGGUCUGGUCCGGCUCCAUUGACACCUCAUCUGACCCUGAACUCUGAUCUUACCUGGGCAGAACUGCUCCAAGGAGCAUUCGACGUACCAGUGUGACUUACCAGAUGGACUGAUCCACCCUGAAGGUCCCUGAGACUCAGAGGACCCAAGAAAGGGUGGUAGCAACCAAGUGGGGCUCCCUUUUCCCUCCCCAAAUGGACAUAUGGACAGUGCAGGGGACAGAGACCUUCCAUAAAGGAGGGAGCCCCCAAGAGACACUGGUGAAGCCCCAGAUACCCAGAGUACUGUGCCAAGGAGCCAAGAGUGCUCUGACCAGACCCACUGCUCACUGCCACAGGAAGGAGAGGUCCUUCCAUUGCUUUCCCAACUCAUACCUGCUUUUGCCCCAUGAAUAAAGAGAAGAAAAGAUUAUCUGACUUUGUGGUUUGUUCUAAAAGGGAGAGGGUGGAUAGUAGGAGGCAGGACUGGAGAACAUGGAGCAUGGGGUCAGAAAGGAUGGAGUGUGAAGAGAGGGUUGGGAUGGGCAAGGGCAAGGGUGGGAGGGGCAGGGAUAGGAGGGCUUGACUCUCCAGAAACAGCUCAUGAAGACAUGGAGCAACAGGCCUCCUGUCUUCUCCUAAAGGGAGGGAAGUCAAUUCACUCUCAAAACUUUGGGCUCCUCUGGGAAAUGGACCAAGGGUUUCAUGGGGCAGAAGGAGGGUACCCAGAAUUCCCAGCCCUCAUCUGGUCCCAGCCCUCUAGUCACAUGAGAAAUGAGGAAUGGCCAGACUGUGCUCAAUGCCCACAGCUGAGGAGGGUCAACAGGCAGGAUGUUUGAGCUUGGAUCCCAGAAAAACAGUUCUUAGAACCCAAGACUGCAUCCCUCCACGCCCCCUCCAGCCUGCACUGGGGUCACUGUGCCCUUAUGGGUCCUAAGGGGCCUCAUGACAAGGAAUCUACCCCUGACCAUAGCACCAGAAGAUCAUGGGGAGGAUCCCAGGUUCAAGGUCAGGGGCUCAGCCUCACUCAGCACUUCCUCCUGUUGCUAAGGAGGCUCCAGUGGCCCCCCACUGGAACCAUUCCCACAGUUGGCCCCUGAGAUCCUUGCCUUAAAAAAAGCUAUCUUGAGGGAUACUCUGGGAUGGGGAAGGAGCUCCUAGGGGUAGAGGGAAAUUGAGCAAAUAGUCCCUUACUCACAAACUCUAUACUUCCUACCCAGAAAAUCUGCACACAAGCUAGGAGUAUAAAAACAAGGGCCCCCUCCCACUGUGACCUCAAAGAUAGUGGGCAGGUGCAAUGAGCAGGGCCCUCACGCCCAAGGGCCCUUUCUUAACUCUGCCCUUUAUAUCUUGCCUGGAAAUGUACCCCUGAGUUAACCUCAAGGGGCCCUCUUUGGCCUGAGAAUGUGUCAGACCCCUGGAUACCCAGCAUGACACCUCCCCCUACCUGCUUUCAGCUCUUUGAUCCCAUCUAUACAGGAUCUAUAAGCUUGGGUCCCAGAAAAACCCUACUUAGAACGCAAGAUUGCAUCCCUCCACGCCCCCUCCAGCCUGCACUGGGGUCACUGUGUCCUUAUGGGUCCUAAGGGGCCUCAUGACAAGGAAUCUACCCCUGACGGUAGCACCAGGAGAUCAUGGAUAGGAUCCCAGGUUCAAGGUCAGGGGCUCAGCCUCACUCAGCACUUCCUCCUGUUCCUAAGGAGCGUCCAUAACCUUAAGGUGGGACUGGGGUCCUAUUGGAGGAGAACAAACGUACCAGUCCUGUACCCUCACUUAGUUUACCUGGGCACCUCCAACAAAACUGGGCCUCAAAACAAAACAAAACAAUCCUGUCCCUGCUUGGUGAGGACUUCUCUGGCCCAGUGAAUGCAGAGAUGACUUAGGUCAGGACUACUGCCAGGGGCCCCAAGGCCCUGAGGGCCCCAAGCAAGUGAGAGUGAAGGAGAACUCAGUGAGCCAGCAGCCCGCCAAGAGGCUGCCAGUGAUGUUGACUGCAGAGGUGCGUUUACCCACAGCCCGCACGAACACAGACCAUAAAGGACAAUAAAGGCCCGCAGGCCUACCAAUCUACCCAGCAGGGAUUUGUCCCCAUUAACAGCAAAAGGAGGUGGUCCGGACUGUGAAGAGAGCUGGUGACGUGCUAAAACGUGCUAAAACGGUAGGUUAUCAGGUUAUCGGCGGAGCCACUUAUAGAGAUUGAAAAACACAACACAAACCUUUUUUUUUCUCCUGGGGAAGAGAAAAGAAAAGAAAGAAAUUGGUGUGAAAGUUCCUGCUAGGGGAUGAUAACAUCACUUCCAACCCUGUCAAGGUGAAAACCAGAGGCCAGGCCCUGGCUGCAGACUCCACCCACCAAGGAGCUGCCCCCACUUCCCAGCUUCAGUCCCCAACCAGAGAGCUCUGACAGCAUCCAGGAACAAAGAGGAGCAGGGGCCCUCCCUUGCCCACCUUCCCUGUCCUCUCCAUUGCUUCCCCUUAUAAGAUGUCCCUGCAGGUACCAGAGCCAGUGACAGCACACACACAGGACCCUGAGUCCAGAGUUUUACCAGCUCCUCACCAGGCUGGAGCAGAGAUCUCCACAUGCCUGGGUAACCUGGGCUAACUUGGGCUACCCCCAUAGUAAGAAAAGGAAAAGAAAAUAUUACCCACCCCUCAACUGUCCCAUACACCUUAAGCCCUGGUGCUGGGCCCAGGGGACCACAUCGUUAGACACGAUCUGAGACCUGAGCAGCAAACCUCAUCUGGACUUUGAUCCACCUGUGUGAGCUGAGAGACACGCAUGACCAUCUUGCCACCAAGACCGUGCAGGAGCACAAGUAGGAAGAAGGAGAUUGGGGGCAGAGGGGGGGACAGGGAAGGGAGAGACAGUGGUGAAGGGGAGGGGGACUGGGUGUGGCCUGGGUCCUCCCUGUCCUGCCCUCAAAUCCUUUCACAGCUUCCAGGCUAUUCACUCAGGGUGCUCCUGUGUGCCGGGGCUGGCUGCCAUAGCUGGUAAAUGCAGUUAAUAAUGGUGGUGUUGUGGGGAUGGAGAUGGGCCCUGUAUGCAUGCAAUGACCUAGGUAUUGGGGUUCAGACUCUACGCCAGCUGCUCAUUGUGCUACUGAAGUGUCUGUGGGCACCCGGCCUGGGAGGAGGAUGAACAGGGAUCUUCUGCACUCCUUAGGGGAUCCAGAGUUUGAACUGAAUGAGGUGAGACGUCUCCAGAAGGGCUCAAGGAGAGAGUAAGAGGCCGCCUGUAAGGGACCUCAGCCUCCUGGUCAUAAAAACAUAAUCCUGGAUAGAGGCAGAGGCCCCUCAAGGAGACCCUGUUCUGGGAGCACUGGUAAUGCUCAGCCCUGCCCUGUCUCAGCCCUGUGCCCUGCUCUAGUAACAAAGACCCCAUCUCUCAAGGAUCCACCCUUUCUGCUAGGAGCUGGGUCCCCUCAGAGGACCUCCAGGAGAGAACGGCUCCUGGAAUCCCAGUGGGAGGAGCCCCAGAGUAGGCCCAGGAUCGACCUCUGACCUGUCUACCCUUGGCCACAGAGUCAGAGGGUGACCCUUGGCCCAGCCCCAGGGAAUGUCCCACCAGGGGUAUAGCUCCCCCGCCAAGGAAUGAUCUCAGGUAUGGCCCAGCCCCGGGUAUUCCCCUCCAGGAACUGUGGAGAAUGGCGAGAAAGCAUGCCAGGGGAAAAGAGCGAGCUGAAGACGCGUCCCUAAGCGGCCCAAGGUGCGCGGAGGAGGGUCCGGAGGCCUCACGCGGUUGAAGGGGGUGAAGAAAGGCAUCAUAUAGGAGCUGAAUGGCUGUGCAAUCAACUCCUGCAUGACGCCGUUCCCACCCCCCAACUUCUCACUACACUGGGACCCUCCUCUCCUGAAAAAGCAAGGCAAGAAGCACAGACAACAGGUAGGACAGACUCCCAGGGCUUAGUGUUAGAGGAAGGAAACCAAAGGCCAGCCAGCCCUAGGGCACCUGCAGCACAGUGGAAGCAUCUACCCUCCUUGCCCAACCUCACUUCUUAUAAACUCUCAUGGAGUGACUGGAGCCAAUCCAGGGGAUGAGGAGGGGGGAGAGGGAGCAGAGGGAUGGGAGGGAGAGAGGAGGGGCAAGGGAGCACUGAAGGAGGGGUGGGGAAGCGGAGAGGGAAGGAAGGGUGACUGUGGUCACAGGAGUGUCCUGCUAAGGUCCAUCCCGAGUAUCCAGUGGGUUCCUCUGCAGACCUAGAAGGGACUCAUGGGAACCAGCAGGAGCUUAGACGCCCCAGAUGGAUCCCCCAAAAAGAUGCAUGGGUUAAAAGCUACUCAGUGUGGUGAGGGGACAAACUGCAGGUACAGCUAACAACCGCUCCCCAGGUUCUUUGAGUGUCAACUUGAGUUACACUCCUCCAUGAAUAACUAAAAACCACAAACUGCUUUUGCUUGCCUGUUAGUUUUUUUGUUUGUUUGUUUGUUUUUGAAACAGGAUCUGUGUAAUCCAGAGUGGAUCCCGACUUCUCCAUCUUCCUGCCUCAGGCUUCCAAGUGUGGCUAUGAUUGACAGGCCUCUGUCACCAUGGCCAGCUUGAAUGGCACAUGUGUAUCACCUUACAUAUGAAUAAAGUAAAAAAAAAAAAUCUUUCCUGACUUGUGCUCUUCUCUUCCUUGUCUGGCACACCCACCAACUGCCAACAAACACUUGUCCCAGCAUAGUCUCAGAGAGCAGGGUAUAAAGAGGUAGUAUGGGGGUGGGAGGGAGUAGUAAGGAUGGGAGGCCAGAAGACAGGUGAACACAGGUGGGGAAGGGAGGACUCGGUGUUAAGCCAGGGAGGAAGGGAGCUGCACACGACAUGUGAAUGACAAAGGGUUAAGGCAGCUCAAUGCUGUGGUAAGAUGCUGCAGAUGUCAGUGGGGCAGGGGAGAGAGAGAAGGGGGGCUCAGGGCAGCAUGUGGAACACAGCUGCACAUCAUCCAGGGCAGAAGAGGGUUGCAAAGGGACAUGUAUGUGUAUGGGAGCAUAGGGACAUGGCUCACGGGAAGCAGGAGGGUCUCAGGGUGACGUAUGUCACAAGGGAGAGAUGAAGGAUAUGAUAUCCCACGCAAAGAGGGGGUCUUCAUGUCAUAAAGAAAAGAACAGGGACAUCCCAUGAUGCCUACCUACACAGGGGGGUGUCAGUAACAUAUGGAGAGAUUAAGGGAUUAAAUCUAGCGGAUGGGGAGUGGUCCAAGGCUAUACAUGGGGGAGAGAAUCCAUGGUACAGGGGAGAAAAAAUGUAAAUGUGAUGUGCAGAGGAGGGGUAACAUGACACAUAAAAAGAGGAGGGGCUCAGUAUGACUCUUGUACAGGAGAGCCUAUGACUCCUGAGAAAGAGACUGGGCUGCAUGUGGGACAUAAGGAGGAGGGGCUCUGAUAGAGGAAAUAGGGGCUCGGUGUGACAUCUGUCAAGGAAAGUGUUCAUCACAAGUGGGGAGAAGGACUAGAUGUGACACCUAUGAGUUGCUUUGUGACCUGGAGGACAUGCACGUCACAGUGUGGUAUGUGUAGAGGCAGAGCGCUCCAUGUCACAAGGCAAGGGGUGGAUGUCUCAACGUGCUGCGUGCAGAGGUGGGGCUUCCCAACAUGAAGAGAGAGCGAGAGGAGAAGAGUUCCGUGUACCGCAUCUGGAGCACCAGCAGGGUUUGUGGUGACUAAAAGGAACGAGGGCUAUGGGACACAUGAUUUAGGGGCCCUCUCACGAUGGAGGAGCUCAGAGUCAGGGAGGGGCCUAAGGUGAAUGGGGAGUAAGUGGGAUGAAGCUCGGGUGCACAGGGCACACGGGUGGGGCUAGGCUAAGCAUGACACACGUGGGGAGAGGUGUUCUCUCUCUAGGACACAUGGGUAGAACUCAGGUGACCACGACAGGUGUGAGAGGGGGCAUACAGAACGUAGGAAGGGUUAGGCUAAGCAUGACACAUGUAGAGGAAUGGUGCUCUUCAGGACAUAUGGGUGGAGCUAGGCAAAGCGUGCCCCAUUAUGGAAUUUUCUCUUUAAGACACAUGGCUGACAAUAGCCUAACCCUAACACAGGAUGACAAGAGGAGAGGACUCAGUGUGAGGCCAGCAAUAAGACAUAAGAAAUGUUAACACAUGAACACAGAGGGUCUUGGAAGUGCAGCCUGAUGGGAGGGGUCUGUCCAAGACAAAGCAGGUGUAGUGGGAAACCAUGUAAAGAUAGGGAAGAGAAACUUACUCUGACCCAGGUAGGGGAGUGGAGCUGAAUGUGAUACCCGUGGAGAGAUGAGACGCAGUGUGACUCAGGACCCUUGUUGUGAUUCAUGGGUGGUGGGAGGGGCUCUGUGUGUGACAUAGGUGUAGAAAGUUUUGACAUGUAAUGGGGUCUAGAUGAGAAACACUUGGAAAAGAGACACAAAUGUCUUGUGCGAGGGUAGAGAGCUCAUAACUCUGAGUGCCACUGUUGAAAAGGGACUUAGCCUAACACAAAGGAGAAUUGAGGAACUGUGGGACACACGGCCAAGGAAAGACUUAGGAUAGCACAGUGAGGACCAGUUUGAUACCUAGGUGGCAUGACCCCAUGUGAUGAACAGAAGGAGAACGGUUCUGUGAGAAAGGUGUGACAGGUGACCGAGGGGAGUCUGUGUGAGAGGAAAGGGGUUCAGUGUGUCACAGGAAAAGAGCAUGUGAGGCAGGAGUAGAGAGACACAAGGAGGCAAGACUCCAGGUGUCAGGAGAGGUGGAUUGUGCUCAUGGUAAGAAGCAUGGAGAAUCUUUUCUGUUUGAGGCACAUAGGCUGGAGCAUGGUAUGACAAAUGGGGAUGAGAGGUUCAAAGUGACACAGGGGAGGACACACAGGAAGGUAGUGCUUCAUGUGGCACAUGGGUACAAAAGGGGCUCGGCAUGACACACGCAUGGGUGUGACACCUGGUGGCAGAGGGGGAAUUGGUGUGAAACACAAAAGGGGAGGGGACUAUGCAAUUCACAAGCAUGAGGUCAACAUGACCCAUGAAGAGGAGAGGACCUCAAGAGAGCAAGAGGGCUGUGCUUUAGGUAAAACCAGAGGGGCAGGCGGGGUUCUACAUGCCUGAAGAGCAAGGGUGAACACUGAGGGGAGGGGGGAGGGGGACUCAGUGUCACAGGGGAGGGUAACAGACUUGGUCUAGCACACAAAUUGAGAAGUCCAUGACUCAGUGGCUGUGUAAGUGAGGAGAGAGACUCCAGGUGACAGGGGUGGAGGCAGGAUUCAAUGUCACUUAGGUGUGGGGGCUAUGGAUGAUACAUCCCAGCGGUGGGCGUUUGGUGUGACACACAGGGGCUUGUGUGACACAUGAAUGGAGGAACUUUGUGUGACACGUGUUUCUUACUGACAGGGAGGUGGGAGAAACUCUGCACUUGGCCUGGCAGGAGUUUGCAUUAGUAGCACAGAGAGGAGUGGCUACCUAAAACGUGGGAGAGGGUGGUGUGUGGGCGAAGGAAGAGGUGUGUGUGUGUGUGUGUGUGUGUGUGUGUGACACAUGAGGAGACAGGGCAGAGCUCAGAUAAGGGACAGCUGCAUGAGCCUAGGUGGGACACUAAGGAGGAGAGUGGGCUUGGUGUGACAUUAGUAGACUCAGCCUGAAGCACUGAAACAACACAAGAUACAGAAGAUACCAGCUUUUACUGAACUACUUGUGUGGUCACUGUGGGGAGAGCUUUGUGUGACUUCUGGAUGCAGGAGGAUGUCUAUGUGACAGUCCAGUGUGGAGCAACUUGGGGUGACAUGGAGGUGGGGCAGGGACUAAAGGGGUAGGGGAGGAGUUCGAGGUGAUAUCAAAAGAGGAGGUGGGUCCAUGUCACAUACAGUAGGGUCACAGAUUGUGACACAUGACUAGAUAGAGAUUUAUAGGUUAGUAAAUGGCUCUGUGUGAUACUAGAAUAGAAGCAUAGUUCAAUGUGACCCAGGAAUGAGGGCAGAGGACCCAAGUAAUAAUUCGGUGGAGGGGUACUUAGUAGGACAUAAAAGGGGGACUUUGUUAUGGCAUUGGAAGACGAGAUAGUCAGGACACAUUAGACUCAAUUUAGGUUGGGGGUUCAUAUGAUAACUGGAGGGGAGUUCAUGAGACACAGAGUGGAAAAGGGGUCAGGAUAGGACACACCUGAAAGAGGGGUUUGGUCAAGUACCCCGUACUGUGUCUCAGGUAAAGGAAGAAGACACAGUAGCCAGGAGGGCGGUCUGACAAGAGUGAGAGAACCUCAGGAGGCUCAGUUCACACGUGGAGGCAGCUUGGCAUGAGUCACAGAGGGAUUCGGUGUGAUGAAAGGGUAGAUAGAGAGGGAUUCAUUGUGGUAGGAGGAAGCCUGUGAUCUGUGACCAGAUAUCGGACCUAGUGUAACACAGAGGUGACAGAGGUUAAGUGUGACAAUGAGAGCCUGAACAUCACACAUGGGUAGAAGGAGGGACUGAAGGGGAUCUGUGAGCGGGGAAGCAUCUCAGGUAGACAGAAACUUCAGGUGACUCAGGUAAGGAGGUGAGACACAUGGUUGUGACAUGGGGAGGGGGCGGUAGGGUCACAUCACUGGUGGGGUUUGGGCUCUCCUCCUUAAGCAUCUAGAGAUUGAUGUCCCUCUACCUCAGCCCUGUAGGCACCAAGGCAUUAACAUAGCCAACCCCAUUCCAGUUCCAAAUCUAAAAAAAAAAAAAAAAAAAAAAAAAACCACACAUUUAAUUGAACAUCCUGAAAUGUAUAAAUAGAUUCAUUGCAACAAUACAUUCCUGAGAGCCCUGGUAUAGGCCUGAGGGCCACCACAGUACCCAAAUGUCAAGUACGUGUCAAACCUUAAGGGAACCUUUAAGUCCCAUUACCCACCCUCAAAGAAAACUGACAGGUUUCUCAGAACCAGGAACUCCCAACAUAGUAGUUUAACAGCAUAUGAUCAAGAAAAAAUGAUUAAUAACAGCAGACAGAGAGAUCCCACACCCUCCCCCCACCCAGAGCCCCAAAGUGCACAGAAAAUAGGCCAGGGAUCAAUCUCCAACAAAGCAGACUCCUGGGUUUGCUGACCCAGAGACCUGGGUGUAGAUGAUAGGGAAACAAGGCUGCUGGGGGCAGGAAUCUGGGAGUGAGCCAUUCUGGGAGGGUAUUAGUGCUAGUGGACUGAGUACCUAGUACCACUUCUGGGACAAGCCACCCACUUGGAACAAAGAGGUCACCUAAGGCCUCUCCUUACAGAUUAUUUUGGAAAUCGUAGGGCAGGGGCUGCACCUACACCUCCUCCCUGCAUCCACACCCAAGCAGCCUUGACACAGGCUCCCUUCCCAUCCAGCAGUUUGUAAGCAUCUCCCCGAGGUGUGGGCUCUCAAGGGCAACGUCCAUCUACACGAUGCCUGGCACAGGGCCUGGCACACAGUAGGACCUUCACCGAAUGUGCAAAAAAUGAAUGAAAGCCUACCAUGUACAAGGCCCUGGCGGCCAGAGUGAGCCCAGAAGCGAGGAUGAUGGAGGUGAGGAAGGUGAUGGACUGGCCAGAGGUGAGAUGCUGAGCCCAGGGAGAUGACAGAGGCCAGGUAGAGGUGAUGAAAGUCAUGAUGAUGAAGUCCAUGGUGACAGACAUGCAUGAGAUAGACCCCCCGCCCCUCUCAGAACAGAACAGGAGGAAAAAGCCAGGACCCUAAGGCUGAGCCUAGAAACCUCUCUCUCUGAAGAUCACUAUGGAUUACAUGUCUAGCUUGAUCCCCCACCCUGAACAUCCAACAUGGCAGAUCAUUAUCCCAGCAUGGUGUUCGGAGAAUUUCUGAGCCUGGUCAUCCUACCAGGUAGGAAAAGCAGAUGCCCUGAACAGGGCCCCUUAAACAGAUUCUGUUUACAGACAAUUCUAGAGAGCCAUCUCUCCUCCCUAAAUCCAUCUUAAAAAUUACACUUAUCAUUGUGUAUGCGAGAGCGUUGGUACACAAUGGAGCGGUCAGAGGAUAGGUUCUGGGGAUUGAACUCGGGUCCCUCAGGCUUGCACAGAUAACACCGCUACCUGCUGACCCUUCUCUCUGAUAUCACGCAUCUUAUUUGCUUUUCUUUAACUGUUUCCAAUUUUAAAUGGGCCACCAAACUUCCAGGGCAAGUUGGAAAGUUGGCAAGCAAUAAAGUGGCCUUCAGCAUAUUGUCCGAGUAGAUUUGUGACUGGUUUGUCAGAACUUUUCCAUCAACACCCGAGUUUGCCUAUGCCAAUCCUCGCUGGUUUAUCACCCAGCAAUGAGUUUUCUCAGAAAAACUCCGAUGCCAUCAGUGACCUUCAGUUCAAAUCAUGGUGCUCAUUGUCAUCAGGAAAACAAAACCAUUGCCCAUGGGUAUCUCAGGGAAACGUGCAGGGAACUUACCUGGAGCCCAGGGGAUGGGAUGAUGUCAUCUCUUGCUGGUAGGGGUGCAGGUGUCUCUGUUGAAGCUGUCAUGCAGCGUUACAAUCUGGGAAGCUCAUCCAGUCUGGGCGUACCCAGGCCAGCACCAGAGGGCGGCAGGUACCCCAGGGAGUGGCUAGGGAGGUUGGUCGAAGGACAUAGACCAAUUCUUGCCCAGCCAGCUAACCCAGAAACUGGAGAGUGGGGUGGGGUGGUGAGGUGGGGUCUGGGGAGCUGAUUAGAACCCCAAGCAAGGGGGCAGGAGCUGGAGAGUGGACAGGUUGCCCCACUCCACUUAGGGGAGAGAAACCCCAAUGGAGAGGGCUUGGGGCAAUGGAUGGGGGAGGAAGUACCCCACUCAUGGAUGCGGUGAGGGGCUGUCUAAGCUUUAUGGCCAGAAAGAAGAGGGAAUUGGGGAGUGGGGACACAAAGAUGGCAGGGAGUGACCACCAACUCUUAACCCUGUGGUGGCUCUAGCCACACGGGGCAAAUCAAGGAGGUUGGGUGCAAGGUUGGGGCAAAAGUGUGUGUAGAGUCUGCACCCAGGGCAUCUGGAGUUCGGGGGAGAUCCACUCAGCCUCUUCUUACUUCCAGGCAUUCAUCGUUAACCACCACAGGACUCAUACUUACACAAACCACACAACACAACACAACACACACAAACACACAACAUACACACACACACACCACAGCACACAUACACACAAAACACAUAGCACACUAUACACAACACAAUACACACAACACACGCACAUUUUCACAACUCACAUGGACUAAGGCUCCUGCACAAUGAGGUCCAGUGCCCACCUUAACCUAACACAUGGACCAGUGAACGCAGGGGCUUAUUUCUGCAGUGCCGAUCAGGCACUAUCCAUUGCCCAGGCACUACCUAUUGCCGUGGCUGCACAAGAACUGGGUAAAGGGGUGGGGAUAGCCUCCAUCUGAGGCUCCCAAAUAGCAAAAGUCUCUAGAAGAGCUACUUUUAUAAGCUAUGUGAGCACAGGGCUGUGUGAGCUGUAAGGCCCAGCCUUUUAGAGGGAUGGCACUCGAUUCUAAGUAAAAGGAGGUUAGGGGCAUUAAUCUGAAGUUUUGGAUCAGCAGAGAAUCUGGGGAAAGCAUCCUGCUACCUUUAGAGCCACGUGGGAAUAUUCAGUUUGGCCUUCAUGCCCUCUCAGAGCCCAGGAGCUCUGUCUAUGAUCACACACACACACACACACACACACACACACACUUUCACUCAUACUUCACACCAUCAUCCAACACCAUGCAAGCAAUAAAGUGCUUUGUAAAGUGCAGGUAUAUAGACAGUGAUCUGAAAUACCAACUCCCUCCCCCUCCCAUCGGCCCCCUCCAUGCCCAGCCCUCCCCCAGGCUUGCUGACUACUUCCUUCUAGCCCCUCACUACCUAGCCACCCGCCAGAAUAUCAUCUGUAUACAGAUCCUGUACACAAUAGGCAUUAAUACCUGCCAGGUUGAACUAAGCUAACAUCAAAUUCCAACCCCCUUGUCCAAUAUGAUUUGGGUCUGGGUUGUGAGAGAGUCACUUGUGAAACUUAAGGGUGUCUAGGACACUACCACCAGCCCAUGAUCCUAACUAGGGUCCUCAUAGGGCAAUCAGGGGCCUCUCUCCUUUAUUGAAUCCAACCUGUCUUCUGUUGACUGUCCUCUCCAUCCACCUGGCCACUAAUGACUCCACUGGGGCUUUCUAGAAGUCUACAUCACCAAAUAGGACACUGUGUGGGAGACAUGGGGUGUGGAAUCCGGAGCUGGGUCCAAUGUGUCCUGUGAGGAUGGGAGGAGGGUCAGUUAGAAACAUCUACUAUGAAAAUAGGUAUGUGAAAACUUAAGAGUGUUGGGGGGGGAGUGGGGGAAGGGAGCUCCUUGCAGCCUGCCUGCAAGCCCUGACACACUCCAGCUCAGCCUCCAUAAUGGCAACUGCCAGAGAGGACAAGAGGAAAAUUACAGUCAUCGGGAAAAAGCUGUGGCCCGAGCAUCACCGAGCCACAAGCCCUCUACACUGAGCCGGGAGUAUCAGGGAAGCUCGGACCCUGCUCAGCUCAUCCUAAGAGGGACAAAGGCUAUGAUUUUCCUCUCCAGAGUUAUUAUCUACCUCCCUGCCUCUGGGCUCUUUUGUCCAGUGGCUAUCAUUCAAGAGGCUAGCCAUCCCUUGGAGGUAAUCAUCGGGACCACACCAUUUGAUUCUGAAUAUUAUGGGUUGGAGAAUCAGGUGGGUGGGAGAGGACACAGACAGGUGACCCUGCAGCAGCCUGGAAAAGAACAAAUUGAAUAAUGGGAAACUGAGGCUAGAGGCCUGGGCAAAUACCCAGGAGUACCUAGAUAGGGAGAAAGAGCACCACUCUGUUCUUCCUUUCUCUUACUCUCUCUCCCUCAUCGGGGGCUGGGGGUGGGGGUCAGAGCUGGUGCUAGAACCCAGAGCCUCACAAUACUAGGUAAAAUGUCCAUCUCUUAAGCUAUACCCCAGCUCUCACCUCUCCCUGAAGUCAAGGCUGUGCCUGAUGAUCUGGAAGCCUAUGCCGUUCUCGAAACCGCCACGUUCUGCCGGAGUCUUGUGCAUGCAGCUGGGGAGUGAUGUCUCUGAAGAUGUGCACACUCUUCAUCUCGUGAGUCGGCUUCACCAGUCUUUUGUUUGGCCUCAAAAUCCGUUGUCGAGACGUCUAGGAACUCAGCAAUCACCAGUUCUUGGAAAUCUUCUAAAAUAUCUUGGCCAGAUGAGAGAAGGGGUGAGAAGAGACAGUCCUCGAAGAUGGCCUUGCUCUUUUGUUUCAUUCCCGGGUCUAGGAUUCCAGUUACUCAUCAAAGAAGUUCUUGUGCACACAGUCCAAAUUCAGCUGAAAUGUCCAGGCAGGGUCACAGAAGUGACGGUGGCACCAUCAGAGGGUUUGUUAGCUGCUUCCUUUCCUCCACACUCCAGCUAAAUAAAGAGUCACGCUGGGAGAUGGGACCAUGUCAGAACAGCAUAACUAAUGAGAGCAAGUCCUCAGAAGCCCCCAGUACAUGGGCUGCACAGUUGGUCUGUCCAGAGUCACAUUCAAGGCUCUCUCCUCCAAGUGGUUACAUUCUUUGUCACAGACUGAAGCCCUCCACGAUGCUCCUAGAGUUUCUGAAUAAGUCAAUAUUUUUUUUUAAUCUCUUAUUUAUUCAAUUAUCAUCUCUCAAGCUCAGUGGCCAGGAUGGGCUCGAUCAAGUCCCAAGAGGACAAAAGAUGCUACCAAGAAGCCCAGAACAAGCCUUCAGCUCCAAACAUGGCCUCAUCUGGUAUGUCAGUGUCCAUGCCUCCAACUAUGUGGGAGUCUCCUUUGUGGCUGAUGCAGUCUUUAUAGGUGUCACAACAGUCUUGACCUGUCCCCAGCCUCAAAUUCAGUGAACUUCUAUUGCUGGAAGGAGGCAGCCCUUUCUUACCAGCCCUGAAGGUCUCAGCUUGACACCAGGCUUGUGAGUGGGCGUUUAACACCUUGCUCUGGGAGAGGAGCUAAGCCACAGAUACUAGGUUGGGUUACAUUCCAGUCAACUUGGCCUUCCUGUGGGGUCAAGGCUUGUUGGUGCAUGUCCAGCCAUGAACCCAGCACAACUGAAAAGCAUAAAAUGGUGCUUUACUCUUAGCAUUUUGUACUGUUGGGCAGCAAUCAUUGAAAGGUCUUUAUCUCCAACCCGUGACAUCGGCUGUCAUGUUCUUACAGCACUCGGUUCUGCUACCAGGAGUUUCUUUUCCACGUUUCUUCUGAAAACUUGCAACUGUCUCUCUCUUUUCUCUUAUGUUAGAGUCAUUGAAUUCCAUGGGCCACAGGAAAGCACUGCCAUCUGCCCCCUCCAGGAUCAGGUCAAGCUUUGGACAUUAUAUUCAGCCCUGUCCCAGGAAAGCCUGUAGUCUCCAAGUUUUUUCCUCAAUUCCAGAUAUCUGAGUUUUUCUCAAAAAUUUAAAUCUGACUUUCAGCUCUAGAAUACCAAAGAGGUAACCUUCUUCUGGACGGAUGAUCCAAAGUAGAUCGUCACAAAGGUCUCCCUUUCUGGACACUUCAAUUUCAUUAGAGGAUAAAGAUGGGAUCUCCACUCUAUAAGAACAGAGGCCUCUCUCUUGACGAACCUAUCUGAGCGUCACCAGAGCUGCAUCUUUAGAACAAUAUGGAAGUCUCUCUUUCUAGACACCUGAGCUUCAUUAGAUAUUGAAAUGAAAUUCUAGAUAUAGAAUAUGAAGAAAGUCUCUAUUUCUAGACAAUCAAACUUCACUGAAAAUGGGCUGGAUUUCUGGCAUUAGCAUAUUUCUGGACCUUUGAUCAUCACUGGAGACUAGAAAUGCAGAAUUGUAGAACACUAUAAAGAGGUCUUCUGGGUAUCUAAGUUUCAGAACCUUGAACCGGGAUUCUAGCUCAAAAAUGUUAAGGAGGACCCUCUUUCUAGACUUCUGUGCUUCUGGCAUCUGUGCUUCAUCAGCAAAUGAAAAGUACAGUCUUUGUUCUAGAACAUCGUAAAGGGUCCUCUUUCUGGAUAAUUGGGCAUCAAAGAUUAGAGGUGGAGCUUAGCUUCUGAACAGAGUGGAGGUCCCCUUUCUAGAUAUCUGGACAUCAGAGAGUGGGGAUGGAGUCCAGGUUCUAGUACAUUGUGAAAGUUCUUUAUGGAUGUCUGAACGUCAUCAAAGGCUAUAGAUGGAUAGAGUUCUGGGUCUAUAACAUCAUUGAGAAUGCUCUUUUCUGGACAUCUGUGCUUCAUCAAAGGCUGGAGGUAGAUUCUUAGGUCUGGAACAUCAGAGAGGUCCCUCUUUCAGGACAUCUGAGCUUCAUCAAAGGCUAGAUAGAGGGUCCUAGAUCUGGAACAUCAGAGAGGGCCAUCUUUCUGGACAUCUGAGCUUCAUCAAAGGCUAGAGAGAGGGUCCUAGAUCUGGAACAUCAGAGAGGGCCAUCUUUCUGGACAUCUGAGCUUCAUCAAAGGCUAGAGAGAGGGUCCUAGAUCUGGAACAUCAGAGAGGGCCAUCUUUCUGGACAUCUGUGCUUCAUCAAAGGCUGGAGGUAGAUUCUUAGAACUGGAACAUCAUAGAGGACUCUCUUUCUAGACAUCUGAGCUUCAUCAAUGGCUGGAGGGAGGGUCCUAGAUCUGGAACAUCAGAGAGGUCCCUCUUUCUGGACAUCUGAGCUUCACCAAUGGCUGGAGGGAGGGUCCUAGUGCUGGAACAUCAGAAAGGUCCCUCUUUCUGGACAUCUGAGUUUCAUCAAAGGCUGGAGGUAGAGUCUUAGGUCUGGAGCAUCAGAGGAGUCCCUCUUUCUGGGCUGGAGGUAGAUUCUUAGGUCUGAAACGUUAAAGAGGUCCCACUUUCUGGACAUCUGAGCUUCAAAAGCUGGAGGGAGGGUCCUAGUUCUGGAAUUCUGAGCUUUAUCAAAGACUAAAGGUAUAGUUCUCACACUAGUUCUCCCUCAAGAGCAUCCAUAUUUGUGAACAUCUGAACAUCACUCAAGAAUGGAGCCAGAGUCUUAGCUCUAGAGCGACAAAAGAGCCAGUCUUCCUGGAUAUCUACAGUUCAUCAGAGAGAGAUUGAGUCUUGAUUCUAGAAAAUCAAAGAGGUUCCUCUUUUUACACAUACAAACUUCACUGGAGACAAACAAGCUAGAGUCCUAGAUCAAAAUUAUCAAGGCGGUCUCUUUUUCUGAGCUUCUUCAAGAACCAUCGUUGAGUUAUAGUUUUAUAUUGUCCAUUUCUCUGGGACAUUUGGGCUUUGUGAGAGACUGGAGGUGGAUUCCUGGCGCUAGAAAACUGAACAGUUUCCAGAUGUUUAUGCUUUGGUGGUGACUGGUCUAGACUAUGAAAGACUUCCUUUAGACAUAGGAGUUCUCUUAGAGGCUACAGCUGGAGCUUGGCACUAGAAUAUCAAAGAACUACCUCUUUCUGGUCUUCUGGGCUUGACUGAACACAUGAGCGAGAGUUAGAGUCCCAGGUCUAGAACAUCACAAAAGAAAGCCCCUCCUUCUUGGUCCCUGAGGUCCAUCAGAGGCUGAAGCUGGGCUCUGUGCUCUGACAAAUCAAAAGGGCUUACCCUGGAUGUCCAGAGUCUGUCAGAGACUGGAGUUGAUGUGCUGGCCCAAGGACAUGAGCAGACUCCUGAAGCUGGGUAUCCUCAUCAGAGGCUGGGUUGGGACUCAGGGCUGGACUAUAAACACAGAACUCCACUUAGAGACACUGACAAAAUGUGAGGCUUGUUUGAAAGCUGGAGAUGAGUUAUUUUCUUGGGAAUAUCAAAAAGGUCUUUUUUUUUUUCCUGGACAUUUGGGCUCCAUCAGAAGCUGAAGUGGAGGCCUUUUCGGUAACGCAGCAUUAGGGCACUCACUCUGGAAGCCUGAGUUUCAAAGAGUUCUUCUGGGCUCUUGGACUCUCUCGGCUGGGCUCAGCAUCUGGAGGCAUGUCUUCUCACGGUUGUCUGCACUGCGACUCAAUCACACAUGCCAAAGUCCCCAUCAUGGCUGGUACUGGCUCUUCCAGGCUGGGUCAUGCCCAAGUCUUGAAGAUGGUGCUCUUGGCAGGGGGUGUUCAGAAGAGCAUGCAGCUGCACUUGCCAGGUGCUUCUCGGUGCGAAUGAGGAAGUGGGAAAAGGAGGAAAGACAGAAGGGGGGAGAAAGAGAAGGAUAGAGGAGGAAAAAAGGAGAGGAGAGAGAAGAAAGGGGAAGAUGAAGAAUCAAAAGAAAAAGCAAAGACGUGUAGGGAAGAGGCAGAGGAAGAAGAAAAGUCAGAAGAGGAAGGAGAGGAAGAAAAAGGAUGAAAAGAGGGAAGAGGAGAGAAGGGGAGGGGUGACGGUGGCGGUGGCAGUGGCAAUGCAGCAGUGAUCUUAGUAGAUGCUGGUCACUGUGUGGCAACUGUGGUCUUGGUAGACAUGUGGCAGCUGUAGUGAUUAUGACUGUCAUCUUCCUCUUUGCUGGGGUAAUGUUCGUGUUACCAUCUGCUCUACCAAAACUCAGCUCCAUUUCCCAUCCCCUUGCUCCCAAUUCCCUCCUCUCAGCUGCUCAGGCAGCCUGACUGUCCCCCCAAGGCCUCUCAAAAGCCAUGAGGGUAGGGCUCACCUCCCCAAGCUCAACCAGCAUACCUGAUGCCAGGCAUCAUGAAUGUCUGAGCACUCACUCAGACCCAUUCAGGAACCACUUUUGUAGAAGCUGUGUUGGCCCCAAGUCCCAAUGGGACCACCCAUCUGGGUCAAGAUGACGCCUCAGCUAGGGCCCUGGCAUAGCCCCGGGGAGUGUGGAGGGCAAGGGGGGUGCACAGAACUCAGCCCCGGAGCAACAUUUUCUCUGGAGCUCCAAGGACCAGAGCUGUGAGCCCCUCAGGCUCCAAAGCCAGACCUCCCACAGCUCUUGCAUGGCUUCAUUUCCAGAAGGAAACUGGCAUCCCGAGCACACGAGGAAAGGGUUCUCCUAAACCCACCGAGCACAGGCCCUUCAUCGGGCCCCAGUGUAUCCAUCUCUUAAGCACACACAGGGCAGCACAAAGGUGACUUUCUGGGGUUUGAGGCAACUCCUCUACCCCACUACACUACAAAAGGAAGCCCCAGCAAGACACCCACCCUCCCUCGUAUUAGUAGCACACCCAUCACUGCUUUAGUUAAAACAAGAAAUUUAUUGAAAGCACCAUGAGCCACUAGGCCCCAUGCUUCUAAGCACAUUGCGGCUGCCUCACAACAGCCCUGUGAGGUAGGAACCUGAGCCCAUUUCACAGAUGUAGACUCAACAGUGAAGACACAACAGCCUUUCUCCCACCCCCCCAAGUCUCAGGGUCCAUGGGUAGGGAUCAAGGCCACAUGCCUGACCCCAGGGUCAGCGCAGUUCAUCAGUCAGUAGGUGGGUCUCUCUACUCAAGGGGAGGCCAGGGUCCAGAGUCUUGGGUCCAGCAUGUCCCACAGGAAAUGUGCAAGGCGUCCCCGUGGCUGUAGAGGCUGAGAGAGACACAGCUGCAGAUGAAGCCAUCUGCUCCCCAUCCCCAUGGCAGAUAAAGAGUUUUCAUGCACUAGGCAGGGUAGGAACUGGAGGGGGCAACCCAGCCCUGUGCUCAGAAAGCCUGAGCUAUGUAGAAGGCCCAACUUCUGGACAGCCAUGGGGGUGGGGCAACACCUACACACCAGCUCCUGACUUUUCCAAUAAAUAAAAACCUAUUCUAGGAUUUUCCAUCUUUCUCAUACCACCCCCAAGACUUCUAGCCAAUUCACAGUCUAUUAAACCUUGGUGGUUUUCCAAAGACUUUGGCCUUGCCCUCCUAGAGGGGUGUUCUUAAUAGUCUUCCUGGUCUUGUAUCUCAGAGCCUCCCAUCAAAACUGCUGAAUCCUAACAUUUGAAAGCAAGGCUUUCUAUGUCGCUCCAGAGCUGGGUAGGUGCUACCCUCCUGCCCUCCACUCUGUCCGAGUCUCACAUGGACCUGAAGUUUCAGAAACUAAGGUACAUCUGUACCCAGGGCCCACCUCCACAACAGUCAGUAUGGGUUAGCAGACAUGAGCACCUGCAUACCAAGCAACAAAACACUCGUUUUCACACACACACAAAAAAAACCUCACUGAAUCCCCCAAUCAAACCAGGUUGGUUUGACUAUUUCUAGGAUAUGGCAAACAGCCAAGGCCACCACACGUUCCACAAGGGACAAGGAUGACCAGAACUCAGACCUUGAUUCUCAUGAGCCACCAUAUGAUGGGCAGUCACUAAUGACACCCUUUGUACAGGAAGAGAAACUAAGGCUGGGGAUGAUUCAGGCAAGCUGCUCAAGGUUCAGUUGGAAGAAAAACAAAAAACAAAAACAGGUCUGAUGCCCAAAUGGGUAAGACCCUGGGAACCCCUCCCCCACCCAUGUGCCUACGGAGCACUCUGUAGAAAAGAAGAAUUCAAGGGGUCCAAUCUCCCCAGUCUGCCAGGUGCUUGAGGCUGUACCCAAAUCUCACAGGUAACUUCUAAGUCAGUGCUGAUUGUCACCAAUGGUGGGAACAAAGGCUUUGGGGGCGAAAUAAUCUCCUUUCACCCAGAGAGAGGGGCCUCGGUGAUGAUAUGGGCACAGCCAAGUCCACCUUAGAAUUUGGGAACUGCCAAACAACUCCUUUUCAGGAUCACUCAGGUCAAAAUGUCAAUGAGGACAUUUUAGCUCUCAGAAAGUUUUAUUCUGGACAUAAUAUCUCCAAAGCAGUGUUUCUACCAGGAAGGGUGUCCUGUAGCUGACUAGAUCCUGGGGAAAGUCCUUAAAGACCUCCUAGUCACCGGCCUAUCCACAUUCACUUAGCCUUCCCUACUUCAUCAUGGAGCAAGUAUUAGGUGCCCACUACUUCAAGAGGCAGGGUGACAUUGAGUUGGAGCAAGCCUAGAGCUUAGUCACAAUCUAAGCAUUCCCUUUUUGCCAGGCCCCUGGCUUCCCUUUCUUUACUUCCAAGAGACAUAAGCUACCUAAGAGUCACCCAAAAACCUGGCCCACAAGGGGCCAAAGGCCCAUCUGAGACCAGGCACCUAGACACAGAGUCAAAAUUACCUGAGCAAAUGACCUGACCCACAUGUGCCUACCACAAGACCCCAGAGCACAGAAGCAAAGGUUCCAAGAAGUUGUCAAAGACAGGAUGAACUGUAGCAGUCACAGACACAGCCUGAGGGAGGCAGAGUCGGGAUUUUGGUAAUGGAGUAUGAUAGGGAAAGACAUGGCAGCCAGAGGGAACAAUGAAAACACGGGGUCCUGAGCCCGAGGACACAGUGACAACACCAAGGGUUUAAGAGCAUCUAGGGCUGAGACACCAGGGCUUUGAAAGCCAGAGUAACACAAGGAACUGAGCGGAGGCUGGGCUUCUGUGCAGUGGGUGGGGGGGCUUCUUGGCGUGGACUUGGAACAAGAGUGGAAAAGUGGAAGGCUGCUCGCCCAGAUUCACAGGACGAGGACUGGGGAUGGAAUCCAACAUCAUGGAAAGAGCCUCGUGGGAAAUGUGAAUCUCAGACAGACAUGGACUGGGACACUCCGGGACUGGGAGACCUGGGAGGACACAGCCUCCUUGCUCCUCCCUCCAUGCCUUACCCUGCCAGGAAAAUACUAGGUGGAUAGUGGGACACAAAGCAGAAGGGAGACCAUUCUGAGUGCAUGCCAGGAUCAGGCAGGGGUGAGCCUAAGACACUGGGCUUGCUGAGGUUUUAUUUGGUGGAGUGGAAAGAGUUAUUCACACAUAACAUGACUAUUGUCCCUGGUUCUCAGUCUGCCCAUCCAUAGAAUGGGACCAUGCUGAGGACAACAGUAAAGUGUGUAAACCUAAGCUCAGUCCAAAGCAGAAUUUGGUGUAGAGAAAGCUAAUUUUUCUCAUCUCCUGGCAGGGGAAGAAAGGGGGAGCGGGGAGGAGAACAGCCACCCAGACCUACCAGCUAAAAGUGAGAGAGCAGUAAGAAAAAAUUCAAGGAUGUCAUAAUUUGGAAGCCCCUCUAUUGACCCUUGGUUCUUGGCACUGUCCCAGGGGGCAGAUAUGCACACACCACAUACACAGAAACACAAGCUUGAAGAAGCAUCUACCAACAGACACCACCCCUCCUAAUGCCCCAAAGCAUAGUGGCCCAGCCAGCUUUGGCCUUCACACAACCAGCAGCACCAGCCACCAUGAUGGAAAGGAAGGGAAGGCCAGGGCACCACAGAGGGACUUAGACGCUAACAUGCAUGAAUGAACCACACCAGAUUUAGCCAGGACCACACAGCCAGCCUCGAAUACCACAUCGACGGCUGGAUAUACAACCUCAGUGUCCACAGUGAGACUCUUUAUUCAGUGACCACUAAUAACGGUAUAGGUUGUGAUUUCAAGCCAACCCCAUCAUGGCACCAUCCCUGGUGACAGCCAGCAUGGACAUCACACUGUUACAGCCGAUCAGCCCUUAGCCCUCACAACAACCCUGUGAGGUAGGCUUGCCAGUGACGCACACCUGAGAGAGAAGAAGACUACGGGUCAGAGGGGCAGAGACACAGCUUAGCAGCCCUGCCAGAUCACACCUAGGUGAGUUCCAGAAGAAACAGACUCUCAGCAGAAAGCAGGACUUUUUUUUACUUAGCAUGAAAGACAACAAGGCAAGGUGCAAAACAACCCAGGACAGCAGUGGCUGCUUAACAUGUUAAGGAAGAGAGAUGGCUUGAUAUGGGUUCAGAUACAUUCUCCAUUACAAACCACUGAAUGAGACCAUACACAUCUGCCCCUAGGACCUGUUACAAUUGUUAGCUACUCAUCUACCUACACAAAUACAACAGAAGGUCACUGAAGCCCUACCCCUGGCCAGGCACUGUGGUAGGCACCAGAUCUCAGGCAGUUUGGCCUGAUGCUGUUAGUGGGAGAGAGGACAUUGGGAAAGGGACAAUGGGGUCUGCCAGAUCGGGCCGAGUGCUCCCCUGGGAAGAGCCUUUUGGAAAGGGAUGUAACUAGGUGCCAUAUACAGUUCUGAGUCAGAGGCUUGGUCCUCAGUCAGAGAGCUAAAGACAACCCCAACCUCUCCUAGAGGUAGGUGUGGAUGUGUCCGAGGGGGGCGGAGGGCACAGGUACUAUCUAAAGAGUCCCCUAUCCCGUGGUGUUAAAGUCUCUAUAGGAAAAUAUACAAAUUUAACAGAUACAAAGUAUUCCCCAUUAUACCCAAGCAAGGCCACCCCCACUCCAGGGCUAGGGUUUCCAAUGCUCUGGCACACCCCCAGGGACACAUACACUGCCUUUUAGGGUCACAGUCAGAAGUGUCCAGUUAUACCAAUCCUCACAACAGCCCUGAGGCAAGAUCCAUCACACAAUUUGUCCAGCUCCAGGUUCUGGCCUUGCCGCCCCUACUGCGUCUAGUGGGAGGAGAACUCAGAAGAGCCCUGCGUCUCUUCCCCUUCACAGCAGAAAGCUGAAAGGAGGCCUCCCCUAGCAUGGGUCCUCCUGAAACACACAGGGGUUUGCAAAGUGCCAUGUGCCUUGCUCGCCUGGGUCUGCGAAUGGAUUAUUCAGAAAGGACAUUGGGACAUGAUCCUUGUCACUUGUACGAGCAUCCAUCUCCUGCAAUUUUCUCUAAAAAGGAGCCAAGCAUUAGCUGAGCUCCAAAGUGGCCAGAACGGCUCUCAGAUCAUCCUCAUAGAAGAACAGAGUGUCUCACAGCCUUGAAAGCCUGCUCGCAGCCAGAGGCAGCUGCUUCGUGCUUAGUCCACUCCCCAUUUGGGCCUCUUAAGGAUCUGGGCUAUGAUUUCUGAGCACCCAGGGAACACAGUUUGCUGAUUACUAAUCAACCUAGUUUUGUGAGGAACAAAAUUGGAGAGAGCAAUCAAGCUGGCAAUAGAACUCAGACCUGAAGUUUGAAUUGAAAUCAAGGAGCUCCUCUUAUUGGCCACACAAACACAGCUUCUUUACAAAUGUCCCCAUCUUUUCUUUCAAAGGACAGUGGUGCAAUGGGUGCUUGUGAGCCGGCUCUAGUAUAGCACUAGCUAAUUUUUUUUUUUUUAAAGAGAUGCUUGCUGGCUGUAAGAGAAUGAAUGAAUGAAGGUGCGAAGGAAUGGGCACACGAGUCACAACCACUGCCAUCUGGUGGAGGAAGCUGCAAAGGUGAAGGCCAAGCUCAUGACAGGGACCAUGCACCAGGCAGUGUGAAGCCUGGGGAGGCAGCUCCGCGGAUGGUGGGAAGGGCCAGCCCCAGGGCACUCUGGGAAUCUGGCCCUCCUGGAUCACAGGAGGAGGGUGUGAGGUGUGAGAAGCCUUAUGGAGAAAAAGCUGUGGUGAUAGGGGUCCAGCUGGGACGUGCUCAGAGCCGUGACCUAGGAGGAGGAGGAGGAGGCUGUGAAUGGGGGCCUUGCUUCAUGACCACAGCCCAUGGUAUCACACAGCUUGCCCAAGGUGAAGGGGUUUGCUUUCAGGAGAGGGAGAGAGGCCCAAAGCACCAGGUCAAGUGAUGGAGGCCCAAUGUGUGUAUGCAUGGAUGGAUGGAUGAAUGGAUGGAUGGAUGGAUGGAUGGAUUGACUGACAGAUGGCUAGAUGGAUAGCCAGAUGGAUGGGUGGAUGAAUUAAAAGUCAGUUGAAGUCACCACUGGCUUUCCAAGCUUCAAUGUCCAGAUAAGCAUGGGGUGAGAGGGCUGAACACAGGCAGACACGCUAAGUGCUAUAAUAGAGUGUGGGAGGGAGUUCUGGAUGGCAGGAUGAGCUCUCCCGGAACACACACCCUACCCAGAUGGCUAUAACUGCCCUGUGAGGAGGUUGGGAAGAGCCGAGACCAUAAAAUGGCCUUGCUCCUAGAACUAACCUGAGGGUCACAUCAGUCCUGAACUGAAUUUCUCAUUCAUUCCCUAAAUUAAGACCACACCUGCCACUGAGGUGCAUGGGAAGACUAGAGCUAAGGGGAUGUCUAGACAGAGCACUAAGAAGCCAGUUCCUCUAAGACAUGGCCUCAGAGACUACACCCCAGAACAGGGGAGAGGCAUAUAUGUAGUCUAUCACUCAGGAGGACAAGGUGGAGGACUGCCACACCACAAGAGGUACAGAGCACAGGUCAGGGCUCACAAGCUAGAAAUGCAUGGUGAACCCAGACACAAGCCUAAAAGUGUUUUCUACCUGCUGGUGCAAGAUAUCAGCCUCCCUGUUUCCCAGGGUAAGUAAAUUCUAAUGCCGAGCUAGAAGUCAGCUGAGCCUCUCACAUCAUUCUGUAGAUAUCUGUGAAAGGCCAUUGCCUAGUCUAAGGACACCCUCAACCAAGAGCCUGAAAGAGCCAUGAGCCACUGGACUUGGACAAACAGUUCACAGAAGAUAAGAUACAAUUUGUUAACAAACAUGGGUGAAAAGUAUUCAGCCUUCAUUAGUAAUUAGAACAAGUUUUACACACACAAAAGCAUUUUUUAACAGAGAGGUGAGGAAAGUCAGCAGACACCUUAAAUACUAAUACAUCAGCUUAAAUGCUAAUACAUUAUCAGACAAGAUAAAAUACUGUAGGCUUUCUUCAAUCAACCAACAGCCAUUCAAACAUUACCCUUUCAUCCAAGAAGCUCAACCAGAGAAUAUACCCAUCCAUUAAUUCACUCACUCAUUCAUUCAUUCAUUCACUCAUCCAUUCAUCUAGCCUCUCAUCUGUCUGCCAAUCUUUCAAUCACUCCAUCACUCAUACCUGUCCACCCUUACACACACACACACGCACACGCACACAUGCACACACGCACACACGCACACGUGCACACACGCACACACGCACACACACACACACACACACACACACAUACACACACACACACACACACGCAGUCAACAUUCAUAGACAUCCUACAAGAAAUACAGAGCGCAGUUCCACAAGCUCCUUGCCCUGAGUGGGCUCACAGUCUAGCAGAAGGAAGCAAGGAGAAAAGAAAGGAACCAUGGGAAGAGCUAGAUGUAGGGGGCGCUAGGGAUGCUGGGAAAGCUGGUUGUGCAAAGCCAUUAGUUAUGGUGUCAUCGGUAAUGUAAAAUAAAAAAAAAAAACAGGACAGGAGAUGAUCAUGCAUCAGCAACAGUAAGAUGGGUAGAUCAUUAUGUCAUAGCCAUUCAAUGGAACUCAAGCAGGUGAGAGAGACCAUGGAGCAACGAAAACGUGGACAGCAAGAUGCUCAUUGCAACAGACACAAAACACCAACAGAAAAGUAAGCACCACCAAUGGAGCUU